CGGGAAAGAAAAUGGAGGCACCAUUGUUCUGCUUAGCUUGGCAUUAGCUGCGGACGCUAAUCGCCGCAGCGGGCCGUUGGACUGAACCAUGGUGAAGGAUGCAAAUAAGCCGAAAGGCCGGACCUCAGCAUAUGCCUUCUUCGUUCUCUCCUGUCGGGAAGAACACAAGAAGAAGAACCCGGGUAUCCCAGUGAACUUCACCAAGUUCUCCAAGACCUGUUCUGAGCGGUGGAAGACUCUAGCCGUGACUGAGAAGAAGAAGUUUGAAGACCUGGCGAAGGCAGAUAAGGACCGCUAUGAUCGGGAGAUGGAGAACUAUGUCCCUCCAAAAGGCAUGGGGAAGAAGGAGAGGAAGAAGAAGGACCCCAAUGCUCCCAAACGUCCCCCGUCAGCGUUCUUUGUCUUCUGUUCAGAGCACAGGCCAACAGUGAAGGGUGAAUACCCCAGCCUGUCCAUCGGAGACAUUGCCAAGAAGUUGGCUGAGAUGUGGGCUAAACAGAGCCCUAAAGACCGCAUGCCCUACGAGCAGAAAGCAGCUGCCCUGCGCCAGAAAUACAAGAAGGACAUAGCUGCAUACCGUGCUAAGGGUGGAGCUGGGGGCGGAGCUUCCAAGCGGGGCCCGGGCCGACCCCCAGGCUCCACUAAGAAAGCUAUGGUCGAGGCUGAUGAUGACGACGAGGAUGAGGAGGAAGAAGAGGAUGAGGAGGAAGACGAGGAGGAGGAGGAUGACGAGUAGAGUCUCUGUGUGUGUGUGCGACGGCUGCUGCGUCUAUGCAGGAUCACUUCACUGGGGUUUGGGAGUUUUAACGUGUGUGCAUGUGCGUGUGUCUGUGUACGUUAGCGUGAGACCAGCCUAAGCAAUAAGUCACAGAGGUUGUGACGUGUUUAUUUUUGUACGGGUUUGUGUUUCAGCCAUGUGUAGAGUACAGUUUUAUAAUAAACUCGCUCUUAUCUCCA